CAAGCGCAAAUUAGGUUACAUAUGUCAGGCGCCAGUUCACCCGACACGCGCAGAUCCAAUCGAAAAUCACGUGACUCGCCUGCUCAAGAAGAUCAGCAGUAGGGAGUGGGCGUGAGGAUCCAACGUGAAUGCUGUCAACACACAGCGCCUGUCAAUUGCCUUCUCCUCGGUGAGACGCAACAUCUCGAUGGAUUGGUCUCCUUUCAAUCUCUUCAUCCGGGCAUUUCUCCUCUUCGUCACUGGCUGCUUCUUCGCCGUCGUUCUCAACCUUCUGCAAGUGCAGAACAAUAUUACGCUGUUUCCCGAGGACGAGACAAGCUGGACGUACAAAUUGCUGUAUUCGGCUUGGUGGGUGCCUCCGUCGGUUGGCACGGGUGCUGUGAUUAUUGGAAUUGCUUAUCCUUGCUUUGAUUGUGUUCGUCUGUUUGAUCGGACGACGAGAGAGCCGAUCGGGUGGUCGAGUGUGAUACGUUGUGUUGCGCUGUUCGUGGGUAUCAAUCAUGCUAGUGCCAAAAUUGUCUUCACAAAUAACGUUCAGUUGUCAAUGUCUCUGGCUGCAAUGUCGUUCGGUCUCUGGUGGUUGUUCGAUCGAUCUCGGACUGGACUCUUUCUUGGCUUCACAGUGGCCAUAUUGGCUACGACAGUGGCCAUGAUCUUAGUGUAUAAUGGAGUGUAUCAAUACAAGGAUCCGGAUUUCUUCUAUAUUCGUUCGUGGUUACCUUGCAUAUUUUUUUCUGGUGGUGUAACGUUUGGAAGUAUUGGACGACAGCUGGCUAAGGAAAAUUUUAAGAAACUAUUUCAGAGAUCUACAGCAGCAGCCGCCGUGCACGAACACCAAGACUAACUGUCCUCCACAGAUUAUUGUUUUGACUUGCAAGACUUCACUAUUUCGUGUGGAAUCACCUUUCUGUGUGGAAAGCUGACUUAAUGAGCUCACAAAAUGUGCAACGAAAUGUUUGUAUAAUCAAAUAUGGUUUGUACACACAUGCACAAUCGCUGAUUGCAGCAACAUUUGAGAGUGUUGAUAAGAGAUGUAGAGAUCGCUUGCAAAGCGUUGGACUUUGCUAUACAAUGUAAUGUAUAUAAUGUGCUUUUUGUGAAUUGCUAUCUCGCAAUGUUUGAUGAUGAAAUAGAUGAGAUGAUCAUCACUUGUGGUGGUUGCCAGUGA